AUGUGUACAGUAUGCCAUAAAAUAUACGGUCGUUACAAUUCGGUAUCAUACCAUGUCACCAUUUAUCACCGUAAUCCGCCAAUUCGUUGUGACGAAGAAGGCUGCCAGUUCAGCACACGCGAAGCCCGUUACAUACAUUUCCAUAAAUUUUAUCGACAUCGAAUACCGCUACCAGAAAGUAUUGAUUUGGGUAAGGCUGAUUUGACGACACAAGAUCGCUUAUUUUUUGAUACUGAGAAUGCAGGGCGUUUGAGACGUUGUCGUGUUUAG